AUGGAACGAUUUCUGGACAACUACGGGUCACCGACUAGCACCCGUUUCCAAAGUACGCUAAGACAGAUACAAACAACAUCAGCCAGUGGGGGAAAACAGCCCAGAGCCGUAGCUGAACAUACCAAAUACAAGGCCAAAGAUAUUGACAAAAAUUCCUGUGGGUUUGGCUUCCCAUCAGAAUACAGGAGGGAUGUUGCCGAGUAG